UACCAUUGACAGUCAAGAUCUGCUCGAGUAUUGGUCAAAGGCGGGGCUGAGGAUCGAUGAGGGGAUUUCCGUUUUGAAGCAAUGUGGUCAACCGAUCGCUGGCACAGUGAACGCCGUUUUUCUCUCUGGAUUUUUGGAACGAGAGCUCAGCGAUGCGGCUGCUGAAGCUCCAGUAGCCGUCAAAACCGCCAUCAUCGCUUUGCACUCUUGUAUCGAUUAUUUGCGGUGUUGUGUGAAAGAGAACGAAACACAGACCGAGUACCUUCAAAAGCAGCUUCAACUCGCAAAUCAACGACGAACGAUGUUAAUUGAGGAACUCGAACAGAAUCAACUUUCGAUCGAACAAGCUUUUGAGUCGAGAUUACGCGAAACCGAAGAGCGCUUCAAAAUGAAAUUGGGUCAAGUCGAAGAGAAGUCAAGGCAAGAGAAGAGAGAUUUGCAAAAUGAUAUUGAUAAGCUUGACGAUGAUCUCUCAAGAAGUAAACAAUCUGAAGCCUCGAUGCGUAAUAAGAUGACGAUGCUGGAAAGGCAAUGCGGUAGACUCAAUGAGGAGGCUAGAGAAUUCACCGAAACGAUCUCUCAACUCGAGCAGCUCAAUCGACAACUGAGGACAGAGCUAUCAAAGGCGAUGCAACCUCGACCACAAGAUGACAACGCAAAUGUUCUCAUGUGGAAGCAAAAAACCGAGCUUUUAGUUGCUCACAACAAAAGGUUGAGAGAGAAAGUGCAAGAGUUGUCGCUGAAUCAGAAAAAGAACAAAGCGGUGAGGGAUGUGAAUCCACUUUUUACCAAAUGGUCGUCGGCUUUUAAAUCACAAGUAAUGAUGUUCCGAAAACGACGAGUAGCUCGGGGUGAUACUCUCUCCGAAAUGGACAGUGAGCCAGAGGCAAUCUUUGCUCGAGUAAGACGAAGAAGGCUGAGGAAACGAAAAGAACGAAAACAGCGACAUGAACGACUUUUGGCUCGGCUGUCUAUACAACAAGAUGAUGCCUCUUCAUCCACCUCUACUGAAGGAAAGAUCCCGAAAAGUCACUCGAGUUCAACUGUUCACAAGAAUUCGAUCAAACAGCUGGAGGAUAGAGUCGGGAAACUGCAGGAUGAUCAUCGCCGAGAGCUCGCCCAAAUGAAACUUACCGCUAGCAAGACACUCGCCGAAGCGUUAAACGAUCAAGAAAAACAAUUGAAUUCUCAAUACGAACGACAACUUGAGCUUCGAAUAUCUGGUGAGAGAUCUCAGUUGGAGCAAUCGUUUGCAAACGAGAAAAUGAAGUUGAUGACUCGAUUACAAGAAGACUUUGAGUCCGAACUCCAGCGGAUAUCCGCCUCCACACAAAGCGAGGGACCGGCCGCCAUCGAGCAAUAUAAGCGUCAAAUCAAGAUGCUCGAAUCUUCCCUGGAAGGUCAACGAAACGGCUAUGAGAAGAGGCUGGCCGAGAUGAGGGACAAAUACCGCAAUCAGGUCCGCGCACACACAAGCUCUGUCUUGAUCGACAAAAACACUAACAACUUCUUGGCGCUGAUUGAGAAGUACAAAAAUCUCGAUCCGAGCACGUCCAUCUUUGAACAAAUCUCCCCGAGACUUGGAGUAGAAAAAAGACAUCAUCAUAUGCCAUUUCAAAGGAGCAUGUCAUCAAUGAGCUCUCGUUGUGAACGAUGUGAAUUGGUGGAUGCACGAUUGAGGGAACUCUAUCAUACAUGCACUGGAGACACAACAACAGCCGAAAGUGGAAUUGAGGAUAUUGGAAGUUCGGCUGGAAGUUUGAGUGAUGAUAAAAUCGUGCUCAAGCGAGAGAUUCGAAAGUUGAAGGGCAGACUGGAAGCGGCAAAAGAAAAAGUGGCUGAGCUACGAGUACUCUUCUCAAUGCAAAACGGUUCCUCAUCAGCUCGUUAUAAAUGCUCAAUGGGUGGCUCACAGGAUAGUCAACAAACAGCCGAAUGGCGUAGGACGCCGAUUACCAAAUGGAGUGACGUGAACCCAACAAUAGAAAGGCUUGAAAGCGAGAAAUUGAUUCUUGAAUCGAGACUUUCUGAGGCACAACUACUCAUCAAGAAUCUCGUCGAACAGUAUAGGAAACAGCUCGACGAGACGGCGAGAUUGGGCGGCAUUCUACAAGACAUGUACGCCCAACAGUCGCCGAAUGAGAAUGGUAGCAUAGCGAAGUCGGCGCCUCCAACCUCUCGUCCUAGUUCA